AUGUUAUCGAAUAAAGAGGAAGAGGGAAGCCUUAAAAAACAAGGCGCCGAUGAUACUGACGAAGAAGUUAAAACCGAACGCACAAUUAAGAAUUUGCGUGUAACUCCGUCAACUCCAUCAGAACAACAUGCAGAGCUUUUGCAUUUUAUUGCAAAAAAGGAAUGCAAGGUAUCGGAAUUAAGAGAAGAAUUAAAGAGGCACGAAGAAGAACUGCGAUUGUUGAAAAAUCAAUGGGAAACUAUAGUACUAAAUGAGAGGAUGGCUGACGCCGAGGACAUUAAUAUUAACAUGUCACCGAGAUCAUCAAUCUCGUCGGAUAGUUCUGAAGAAGAUGAAAUUGAUAGGUUAAUGAGUGGACUAGGUAAAGGGAUCAAUAGCGUUAUAGAUGGAAUCUCGACAUUUGAUAAGUCACACACAAAGAACAUUGUGACCUCAACUGCAUCACCUACCUCUCCCAUUUCUCCCAUUUCUCCCGCUCUCACCGAUUUUUCCACUAUUGAUUCACCCGCAACAUCCACCUUCACCUUACCCGCAUCUCCUACCACUCCCACCACUCCCACCUUCAUCACUUUAUCUAACACCUUGUCCGCAUCCCCUACCGCUCCUACCUUGCCCAAUUCCGACGUCGUAUCAAAUUGCAAUACUAAAAAUAUCUCAAAUAAUAAUUACAGUGAAGAAUUCACGGAGGAAUCUUUAGUUUAUGUCAUUGGUGAUGAUUUUGGUGAUCCCCUAUAA